CCCUACUGCAUGCAAGGUUGUUCACCAAAUCUUCUCUCCGACUGACCCUGAUCGGCUUCGGUUAUUUCAACCGAUUGCUUGGCAUCAGAUAGAAGGAUCCGUAAUCACCUUCUUAGCCUCAGCGGUGGAGCAUCUGACCCAAUCCUAGUCCCAGCAGCCCCCAACGUGGUCUCUUCGCGGCUGAUUGGACCGUCAUUUCCCGUCCAUCGAAUCCCCUCUCGUUCCUUUUUUUGCUUCCACCACCUCGCCAUGCGAUGACCCUCAUCCCCUGCCUUUGCUUUCCUGUUAUCUGGCCCAUCGAGAACUCGCCAUGUUUACCACUUUUUCUGCCAACAGCACAGCCACCGAUGACCCAUCACAGAAACCCGCCUCGACAGCGUCGCGGAUAAAACGGAACCAAGUCGCCAGGGCCUGCGAUUGGUGCCGCCUAAAUCGCAUCAAAUGCGACGACCAACAACCAUGCCAGAACUGUCGCGAUCGAGGGGCUAGCUGCAGCAAGGCCAAGUCGACUGAUGUCCACUCACUGCCGGCUGCUAAUAGGGAGAUUCAACGUUUGCGAGAUCGCAUCAAGGACAUGCAGAAGGAGCACAAAAAUGCUCUCGAAGACGCUCGUUCCCAGGUUCAGCGAGCUACCCAGUAUCCUACUCCAUCUUGCUCCACUUCGCCUCGCGGUGGCUCCCCGGCGCCAGAUCGACGCCCAGGCUCCACUAGAGGAGGGUGGGAAGGUAUCCAAAACCCCGACGCUCAGACAGGCAAUGUCCUUUACUAUGGUCCCCAGUCGGCUUCGUACUACGGUACCCGUAUGACUCGUUAUUUGGUCGAGUCCUUGAGCCAACACAAUAUGGAGACACAGUUACCCGCCUGUGUGUCGCGCGUUAGAUGUCCGCCUAGACCCUUGCCUGAAAAGGCGCAGCUGAAUGAUAGAUCUUGGGUGGAUGGUGUGAGCACGAGGGGAGGAUGGGAUGGCGGAUUUCUCGGGUCUGAAGAGACUGUGGAGGACCUGUCGCGCCCGCAGGAGGAACAUUUCAUUGCGCUUCUCUGGCAAUCGUUUCACUGCGUUUUUCCUAUUAUAUCGGAGAAGCAGUUUGCAGAUUAUUAUGACUCACUGUGGACGUCUCCAGAUCUUCCCCGCCAAUCCUCCGCCCUUGUCGAUAGCUUGCUGGCGGUAUGCAUGCAGUAUGGCAGUGCUUUUCUCAUCGGGUAUGAUGAAAGCCUGGGAAAUGAAGACGGAUCCCAUGCUACGAGUGCUUCCAUGGCCGGGUACGCAUUCUACCGUCGAGCACAGCAACUUUCGAUGAGAGAGCUGGAGAUCCCGUCAGUUAUGGCGCUGCAAAGCCAUAUCUACUGCAUUAUCUACCUGUACAACGUCUCACUGAUGAACACGGCCCACACACUUCUUGGAAUGGCCAUUCGAGUUGCACAGACACUGCGACUUCACCUCAAACCUUUGAAUGGCACGAGUCGUGAGCAGCAAGACCUCCAUUGCCGGAUCUGGUGGUCCCUCUAUCAGUUAGACAGCAUGCUUUCCAUGACUCUAGGGCGUUCGCCUCUCCUGUAUUCCGCCGAUGCCUCAUGCGACUGGCCCGGAGACAGUGAAGAGAAUACCCGCCUGUCGGGGACAUUACUGCUCUCUUCCACCGAGGAAGAUAUUAGCUGGCUUAGCUUCUACGCGCAAAGUGUCCGGCUAACCUCCAUCGUCCGAGGAGUGCAGGAUGCAUUCAACGCUCGUUGCGCGAAAAUACUCCAAACCAGCGAGUCCCAAGAUAUCUACGAGACGCCAAGCAUGGUCGAAGAGCUGGCUCGAUUCCUGGGUGGGGAGGUGCGUGCUGUAUCUAAAUGGGCCCAGGAUGUACCCCCGUCGCUUCAAAACCGCAAAGGCCAAGGCGAGCCCUUCUCGACUGGGCGUGGCGCGCUGAUAAUCGACCCCUGCAGCCCGCUAUGGCUCCAGCGCCAGCGAAUCUUACUGGAACUCAUGUAUCACCAUUUCCAACUGACCAACUUCCGGCCGUUCGUCCGCUUCCCCGUCAGACCUGCGUCUCUCACUCCGCUCGGGGACUCGCAUACCAUCACUUGCCUGAACCACGCGAUGGCCGUCACAAACAUCCUGCAUCAAGUGCUCACCGAGACGGAUCUGCUGCGCGGCUGGUCCCCUAUUUUCCAUUACCAGUGGGACGCUGCGCUCUGUAUCCUAGGUUUCCUAAUCGGGAACCCGCUAUGUCCGCCGACCCCUGCCGCGCGAAAAUGCUACCAGACAGCUGUCAACACGCUGGAUAUUAUGGGAAAUCAGUUCGCAGCAGCACGGGACUCGGCCCGAGUUGUGCAGGAGAUUGGACAUCGUGCUGAGAUGCUCAUCGAGAAAUUCCGUACCGGGCUCACCCAGCGCCGAUCGCAGAGCAUUUCCCCGAAUGCACCACCCCCGGAUGCUGCCAAUUCGAUCCAUUCCUGUCCGCCUGUCUCCUCGCCCGGAGUUACUGUCGAUCAGUUGCAGGCUUUUCUCACUUCGCCGGGCUUUGAUGUUUCUCAGUCUUUGGCAUUGAAUAAUAGCAACCUACUUAACCAGUCUGAUCCUGCGCUUUUGGAUCCGGAAAGACUGAUGGGCAUGGACCCGGGAUCCCUGUCCCUGCCGGAUAACAUGAAUGCCGAUAUGGCUUCGUCGUGGAUUAAUGAUAAUGCUAUGAUCAUGGACUUUCUGAAGGACGCCAGCUUGGCAUGAGACCAGGUGGGGUCAUGCUAUAUCCCGGGAAGAUGAUGAAAAUCUCAGAAUGAUUGAAGGUCUGUCUGACCAGACACCGAGCUACAAUGCAGUUAAAGUGAAUCAGGUCAUUCACUACAUCCCAGAAUUUAUAGACCGAACAAGGCUGCUUCACGUCGCUUGCCAACAACAACAAGCUAGCCUCGCGGGGUAGGCGGCUAGAUAGAUGGAGGAUUGCAAAUUUCACAUUACGCUCACUGAUUGAGUGUGUGUAGCAUUCAAUUUCGUGGGACUUUGUGUGGCGAAGGAGUGGAACUAUACGCCUGGGGCGCCGGAGAGCGUGGAGAACAGUAUGAAGGGGGCUUUGGGGAUUGUGGAC